AUGGCGUCGCUCUUUCGGAAGCGCUUUAAAUGCUUCUACUGUGGUUCUCGUUCAACACAGUCGCAAAAAGAUAAGGUCCGUCAGUGGCAGUGUCGUGAAUGUCAAGCAGUGAACUAUCUCGACGAAAAUGGGGAAAUAACCGAUCCCCCCGCUACCGAAGCGUCCUUCGAGUCUCGACAACCUCAAUACGCCCAACCUCUUUCCCGUACCCAACCAGAUCGAUCUUCAGAUCCCUCAAUAUUCUGCUCGACAUGUCUAAAAAACCAACAUCUCCUAACGCAGACCCUGGCGUCCUACCUUCCGCCGCAAUCGCAUCCGGAAUAUAAGGUCUAUGAGGCUUCCUACCCGGCGUACCGAAAGAGCUUGGAGGAGCGGUACCCCCAAGUGUGCGAAAAUUGCGAACCUAGGGUUAUCGCGCGGAUUAGACAGGCAGGAUAUGCAGCAAAAGCAGACCAUUUACGGCGGAUGAUGGAACAAAGUCGAGACGGAAGGGCUGUGCGAAAUCAACGCAAAUGGAGAUGGCGGAGCCUCUUCGUUUCUACCGGUGCCGUGGCUUUCUGGACAAGUAUUGCUGGUCAACUGUCCUGGAAUAUCAUGGGAUGCAUAGCCGAUAUUACACUACCAGCAGAGGAUCAACAAACAGCACAGCUGUCGAAGGCCCUUCUUGGGUCCUGCUUGGAUGAGGGUCGACUACAUCGCCGGGUGCAGAGCGAAUGCGCUUUAGCUUUGCAACCAUAUGCCGGCUUAGCCUUGGUCCUAGGUGUUCUUUCUCUGUGGUGGAACCCGAAGCUGCGUUACAAGGUCGAUGGACGAUCUGGGCGUAUCACCGGAGCGCGUGAGUAUUAUCGAAUCCAGAUUGUCACUCUCGUGGUGAGAUUUGUUGCAUGGACGGCCCUGCAAGAUACUUCGAUCACCGCCCUCAAUCCGAAAUUAACGCCGGCCAUACAUACUUUUAUGGCGUUUUUCACGUUGCUUACUACAAUUGCUUCAAGAGCCGCGAUUCGAUUUUCCACAAGGCCCCUGGUUUCCUGGAAUGACAACAUCGAGUCUCUAGUGCCUAAGCCGAACGGUAAUAUAGAGGGUCCGUCACAGAGCUUUUCGAAUCUGGAGACAUCUAUCCCGCAGCUCAGCCAACCCGUGCAGCGGUUCCCAAUCGCAAAUCUUGCCCCUGCUCGAGCCUUGAGCCCCGAACCUUACAACCCUCCAACCCCCCCUCCAGAUCUGGCUGCAGACUUCGAUGCCAUGGAUUGGACCCCAUCCUACCAGACCUUACAGUCAAGCUUCCAUAUUAGCCGCAAUCAACCUGGGCCUAUUCUAGCACCAGCACCAUCUCCAUUCCAAGGUCAAUUGCCUCCGGCUCCUAAGCCGCCUUCCUGGCAACUGCGCAACCCUAACCCCCAAGCACCGGAAAAACCGGCCGUGAACCCACCCAAUCCUUUUCACACCGCGCCUACCUUACACCCGUCGUCAAGUACGCCGCAGAAGAACCCAGACGUAACGAAAUUAGCCGAUAUGGUAAUGGCCCCUCCGAGAUUCUUCCCUCAGAGUGAUCUUCAAGCAGAAACCGGCCUGGAAAGUUUGUUCGAUAAGGCAUUUUCGAUUGCAGAUAGCCCAGCAAGGGCCGAAAGAGGUUCAGCAGGGAAAACAGUUGGUCGCGAUAUUGCUGUUAACAAGCCACUCCAUGUCUUGAAGGGCAUCCUUUUGGCCGUUUGCUUUGUGUUGUGGACUGGAUCCCAGUCUUUUGCUUGGCCGAAAAGUACCAUAGAAACAGUUGUGCUGGGACUUAGCUUCCUUGUGGCCGGAUUCUCUCUCCUUGAUCUAUUGAUGCGGCCCAUGGUUCAGUGGAAAAUGACUGAUAUCUUUCUAUCCUUGAUCGAAUUGGUUGGCUGUGUUUACUUCGCCUUGGUUCGUGCCGGCCAAUUCGGUGACCCGACAACAUUUGAUAAAGCUGGAAUCUAUCUUGUAGCCUUCUUGGCAGGACAAGAAAUGUUUGGCCUACGGUUCAUGUUUGGCACUACAAAGCCUGCAGUUGCAGUCCGAGCACCGGCUAAACAAAUUAUCAAACGGCCAGCUUCACCUCCCUUAAUGUCUCGCUCUCUUUCCUCUGCCAGCGGGGAUAGGACUCCCACUCGAUCGUCCUUCAUUUCGCGACCAAUGCCGAGCGAAAUCGCUUACCAGUCGCCUUCUAAGAAACAGGCCCAGAGCCUUUUGCCUCCAACCACUCUUCAGCCCUUGGACGCGGGCUUCCACUUGCUGAACGGGCCGAGCACCUUCAAGGCGCCCCCGAAACCUGAGUUUCCACCAUCACUUCCUAGCUCGUUUUCUACUAUAACUCAACCGCAACACCUCGCGUCGUCUUUUGCAUCCACGGAGCGUUUUAUGUCACCCGCAUCCACCACAUCUGUCUCGUCGACGGACUACGCCUCCACUAUAUCAGAAUCUCCAUCCCCUAUAUUACCACCUCGCCAUAGAACGCCGGGCCCUUCGAUAACUGGUCUCAGUCUUGAUGAUAGUCCGAUUCCCGUGAAGAGUCCUGCACCACCUCGUUAUUCGCUGCGAAGUCGUCGGCGUCAGUAA